AGCUUCUCUCUUUUUCUUUUUAAUUUUUUUUUUUUCUGGUUCUUGGCAUCGUCCCUAUCAAAGCAUUCCAGCCAUGGCCAACCAAUUUCUUGCCUGUGAAUUGCAACAAGGAGGAAGCCUCAAAUCAAAUCAGCCCUUUCGACAUCAAUUCAGCAAUAUUCAGAAACAAAUUGCCAAAAUUAUUAAUGAAGAACCUUCUUACCGCAACAACCAGAUCCACAUCGUUUUCAAUGAUUCCAUCUAUUUGGGUCCAGUUUUGAAGGAAACAGCCGCUGCACUCCUACGCCUCCACUACCCUCAGCUGAGCAAGCAUUUAUUACCCUUGCAAGCCAAACCAAAUUGGAGUGAGUGGUCAACACGCAUCGUUGCAUGGCCAAUAGUAACUAAAGGUGAAUGGCUGGCAUGGGUAAAAAGGUUGGAACCUCACUUUGCAGACAUAUGGAAAGCAACUGGAAUUUUUGAAUUUAUUCAUAUGACCACAACUCAAGUGCCGAUAAACAAAGCCAUUCUGACAGCAGCUAUGUUUUUUUGGUCAUGCUCUUAUAAUUGCUUUCACUUUCCUUGUGGUGCUAUGUCCAUCUCUCUAUUUGACAUUUGUUCUUUAACCGGUCUUCCUUGCAUCGGAGAAGAGGUUUCUCCCUUGCUGCCAACUGUUCUUGUAGAAGAAUAUGACCCCGGUGACACCAGAACAACUUUCCUGAGUUUCCAAAGGAACUCAAUUCUUGCCACCAAGAAGUUCAUUCCUCUUGCUGUCAGUUUGGCACAUGGUAAAAAAUUUGCUCUUGCUCAAUUUAUGCUCGGCUAUAUAUACCGUGGAUGCUAUGAUAUCACCAUCUUUCCAUUUGGGAAAUUCAGUGGUGCUCUUUGGGUCCUACAAUUGUGGCUUUAUUCUUAUUUCCCAACUGUCGCCCCUGAAUUUGAGAAAGUUGAUGAAGAAGAUUUGCUAACUUACAGCAUGUGCAUCCAAGAUGCAAAAACGCUACCGCAAAGUUUUAAGACAUAUUUUAACUAUUUUGCAUCCCUCUCAAUUGACCGGCCAAAUGCAAAAUUUGCAGUAUUUCUUGAAAGGAAGUAUGGCCCAGAAUGGUAUAAAGCAAAUAGGAACAGUGAGGAAUUCAAAGCUUGUUGGAAAGCUUACAUCUCUCCAAGAGAUUUAUUCAUAGGCUACAGCAUUGGGGGGCCACAAUCAAGGUGCAGCUCAGAGCUAUACGCUCCUAAUCAAUUCUAUCGGCAACUUGGAUAUUGCCAGGACAUCCUUGCUCUACCUCAGUUUACCGGAAAUGUUUGCUUCCCUUUGAGGUUCCUCUUUCCUGACAUCGAAUCAAUACAAGAGCAAGUUCAACUUACCAGCACUUUCCUCAACUCAAUCGACUUUCAGCUACCUCCACUUAGCCAUCCCGACUGCACUAAAGCUUAUAAAGACUGGUGGACGUCACACUUCACAUCACGCUUUUGUGUUGUAAUGAAUUCCUUGGACCAAUUUGCUCCCCCAGAAAAUAACAGAAAGGAAGAUAAAAGCAAAGCCGAAAAUCCUCCACCCACUGGCAAAGUCAAGAAUUUCUCAAAUGAGAAACCAAAGACGCAACUUGCAAAGAGGAGAACUUCUUCUCCACAAAUUUCUGAUAAAGAGGAUGCACCAAAUAAAAUUGCAAAAGCAUCUAUUCAUAGUUCCACUAAGAUUGCGGUCACAAAGGUCGAUCCUCCUUGCUCAAUGACCAAAGCUAUUCGGUCUUCCCCUAGGGUUACAAGCCAAUUUUUUCAAACUGUAGAGUCAAAUGAGCAAGCUGACUUCACAAGAGAAGAAUUACAGCCGGUCACCACCUCACCACCAAGGCCUAUUGCUCCUGCACAGGUUGCUUCACUCGUGAUUGAGAUAGAUGAUGAUGUCCUUGAGAGUGAGGUUUUUGCUCAAUUGGACCUCUUGGAUGACUUCUUGGAAAUAGAAAGGUCCAUCCCUCUUAGCUCAAAAGAUAAGAUCGUGGAAGAAGAAGAGAACAAUCCGGAUAUCCCUUCUCAAGAAUCCAUCGAUGUUGCCACCCUCCUUCUUCUUGAGCUAUUGAAUGGUAAUCCAUCUGAACUUUGCCAAGUCGUUGAUCAAAAUGAGGCAUUCAAUGCUGUUGAGGUCUUAAGUAAGGCUCCCACAUUGGAUGCAUCAGUGCAAGCAACCGUGGCUGCAGAUCUUGCUCGACAAUGUAAAGAUGCAGUAGAGAAGAAAAAGAGUAUUUAUGAAAAGGUGAAAAAUAGCAUUAGCACCCAAAUGAAGCUGCAUCAAGACAACCUAGAUGAGAUUGCCAAACUAGAAGCUCGCCUCGCCAAGCUGAAAAAGGCAACAACAAAGGAAGAAGACAACCUCAAAUCCCUUAAAGCCGAGAGAAGCAAAUUACUAGUUGAGCUCAAGGAAGAAGGACGUGAAGCUUUGGCUGCAAAGAGUGAGGCUGCACAACAGGAGGAGAAAGCAAAGGAAGCCAACAAUACGCUGCAGCAAAUGAAACAUGAGUGGGCCAUUUGGACGCAGAACCUUUGCUAGGUUUUUUUUUUUUUUUUAGUAUCAUUCAUCCUUGUCACGGCCAUUAAGCCACUUGAACAUUUGUUUCCAGACUUCUUUUAUUUUUCUUCUUCUAAUGAUGAACAUGAAUUUAUUUGCUUGCUUUAUUCAUGCUGCCCAUGGCUUUACAAACAAAGCCGCUCUAACACA